UUUGAUCAUCAAUUCUGUCAACGCCAGUAUGAUAGAGGUUAUGUUGUGUGUUUGCUAGUUUAUAAAGUAUUAGUUUUCGCACACUUCACAAACAUUACCAACAAUGCAGGCACUGCAGACCUACGGUGACAGUGACGAUGAACAAGUUACCCUUCCGGAGCCCCCAACAAGCAGCGAAUUUUCGCUCAAAACCAACAUGCAGAUCUGCGCAGCCCCCAUCGUCCUCCCAACCGGCUCCGAAGAAUGCAUUAACCACAUCGACCCCAGCGCUAGCGAAGUGACCUUCAACCCAAAAUUCGAAGAGCUCUUUUCACCCAUGGUGGGCCCGGAAAACCCCUUCAAAACCCAACAGCAACAAGCCGCCAGAAAUAUGCUUUCCGGCUACGUCGAACCGGCCUACGUCAGUGAAUUCCAAUUCGAGAAUCAAAGACGGACGUUCAACAGUUUUGGCUACGCGUUGGACCCCACCGUGGGGGGGUUAGCUGAAGGCACGAAAGUUGUCACUACGACUGGACAAAGUGAGGACGUUAAUGCGGACGCGAAGACGGUGUUCGAGUCGACGAAAUUGAGGCCGUUGGAUAAGAGGAAACGGAAGAAGAAUAACGAUCCGAGUGAUAUCGAGGGGUUUUUGGGGCCGUGGGGUGGGUUCGUGGAUGAACAAAGGGUGAUGAAACCGUCGGAGGAAGAAGCGGCGGAGUUGGAGGAAUUGGCUGCGAAGAGGAACAAGAAAGGGAAACCGACGGAAGAGAAACCAAUUGAAGAGAAAUCCAUUCUUCAUAUUUCAGAUUCGGUGGAUUAUCAAGGACGGAGUUUCUUGCAUCCUCCGCAAGAUGUGGGGGUUAAUUUGAAGUCGGAUAGCCCUCCAGAGAGGUGCUUUUUGCCCAAAGCACAUAUUCAUACGUGGUCUGGGCAUUCCAAAGGGAUUGCGGCGAUACGGUGGUUCCCAAGGACGGCACAUUUAUUAUUAUCAGCUAGUAUGGAUUGUCGAAUUAAGUUGUGGGAAGUAUACAAUGAGAGGAGGUGUGUCCGGACCUACCACGGACAUAAACAAGCCGUCAGAGACAUUUGUUUCAAUAAUUCAGGAAAAUUCUUCCUUUCAGCAGCCUACGAUCGUUAUAUUAAAUUAUGGGAUACCGAAACGGGUCAAGUUGUUCGGCGCUUUUCCAGCCGCAAAAUCCCCUACUGUGUUAAAUUUAACCCCGACAAGAACAAACAACACCUCUUUGUAGCAGGAACUUCCGACAAAAAAAUUAUUUGUUGGGACACCAGAUCUGGCGAUAUAGUUCAAGAGUAUGACAGACACUUGGGUGCUGUUAAUAGUAUCACGUUCGUGGAUGACAACCGGCGUUUCGUGACCACGUCCGACGAUAAAAGUUUGCGUGUAUGGGAGUGGGAUAUUCCGGUCGAUAUGAAGUAUAUCGCCGACCCUACAAUGCAUAGUAUGCCUGCGGUGACGUCAGCACCGAAUGGAAAAUGGCUGGCUUGUCAGAGCAUGGAUAACAAGAUUGUUAUAUUUUCGGCUUUGAACAGGUUUAAAAUUAAUAGGAAGAAGACGUUCACGGGACAUAUGGUGGCAGGUUAUGCUUGUACCCUCGAUUUUUCGCCGGAUUUGAGUUAUUUGGUGUCUGGGGAUGCCGACGGAAAGUGCUACAUUUGGGAUUGGAAGACGACAAAGUUGUACAAGAAGUGGAAAGCGCACGAUAAUGUUUGCAUUAGUGUGUUAUGGCACCCACAUGAGCCAAGCAAGUUGGUGACAGCUGGGUGGGAUGGCCUGAUUAAGUAUUGGGAUUAAGAGUUUGUUUAUAUUUUUAAAUUGUACAAAUCUUUGAAUAAAUACUUCAUUAUAAGUUU